UCAUUGGUGGCCGUCAUUGAUGUGCAGAAGAUAUUGGGAAACACGUCAGUAUUACCAGAGUUUGUGUCUUACGAUCGCUGCCAACAAACGCCGACCAAAUCGCCGACUCACCACUCGGACAUCACCGCACAUCUGAUCCCAACGCGCGAGACAAUGAAUACACUGCUGUCGCGCACGAACGCCAUCUUCGCGUUCACGCUGUCGGUGUUGGCGGCGCUGACACUGAUCUGCGCCCUCUCGACCACAUUCAAGGCCUACAACACGUCAGUGAAGGACGUGAAGAUGAGUACCACGAAGAAGCUCGUGAAGAAUGUGGCGGACUAUAGCGCGGGACGUGAGCGCAACGACUUGGGCUUCAUUUCGUUCAAUUUGGACGCAGACUUCGCGCCCGCCUUCGACUGGAACACCAAACAGCUGUUCCUCUAUAUGACCGCUCACUACAAGACCAAAGCCAAUGUCCUCAACCAAGUGGUGCUCUGGGAUCACAUCAUACAGAGGGGUGAGCCCACUCGACUGUCCCUCAAGAACCAACACACGAAGUACUACUUCUGGGACGACGGCAAUGGCCUCAAAGCCAACGACAACAUCACACUCACGCUCUCCAUGAAUGUGAUCCCCAACGCGGGACUGCUGCCCAUAUCGACCGUCCCGUCCAUCCAUUCCUUCUCCUUUCCCAACGAAUACAUCACUAAAAACGCGUGA